AAAAAAAAAAAAACAGAACACAUUCUUGAUGGCUCAUUGUGAGCAACCCACUUUCGAGCCCGAGAAUUUCUUCUCAGGCCGCUGCAUACUCGUAAACGGGCCCGUUAUAGUAGGAGCGGGCCCCUCCGGUCUAGCCGUGGGGGCUGGCCUCAGGCAGCAGGGGGUUCCGUUCGUGAUCCUCGAACGGGCCAACUGCAUUGCCUCCCUAUGGCAGAACCGAACCUACGACCGCCUCAAACUCCACCUCCCGAAGCAAUUCUGCCAGCUCCCGCACGUCACUUUCCCACAGAACUUCCCAAAAUACCCCUCGAAGGGCCAGUUCAUCGAAUACCUGGAAACGUACGCUAGAAUGUUCGAUAUUAAUCCGAGGUUUGACGAGUCGGUUCAGACAGCAAAGUACGAUCAAACGUGCGGUUUGUGGCGCGUUAAGACGGUUAACGGAAGUGAUGGUUCGAGUGUGGAGUAUAUUAGUAGGUGGCUAGUGGUGGCUAGUGGAGAAAACGCGGAGAAAGUGGUGCCGGAGUUUGAAGGGUUGAAGGAGUUAUUCAACGGGAAUGUAACGCAUGCUUGUGAGUAUAAAUCGGGGGAAUCUUAUAGUGGAAAGCGUGUUUUAGUUGUUGGAUGCGGAAACUCGGGAAUGGAAGUGGCUCUUGAUCUUUGCCACCACGAUGCCGCUCCAUCGAUGGUGGUUCGAAGCUCGGUUCAUGUAUUACCGAGGGAAAUAUUGGGAAAAUCGACGUUCGAAUUAGGUGUUCGGUUGAUGAAAUGGAAUAUGCCAAUUUGGGUUGUGGACAAGAUACUGUUAUUAGCGGCGAGAUUUGUUCUCGGGAAUAUAGAGAGAUACGGGCUGAAACGGCCGUCCGUGGGGCCAUUGCAACUCAAGAAAACGAAGGGGAAAACACCGGUGUUGGAUAUAGGCACACUUUCGAAGAUCAAGACGGGUGAAAUCAAGAUUGUACCUGCAAUUAGAAGGUUUUUUAACGGAGGGGUUGAGUUCAUUAACGGAGAAAAACUCGAGAUCGAUUCCGUUAUCUUGGCUACUGGAUAUUGCAGCAAUGUCCCUUCAUGGCUAAAGGAAGGUGAAUUGUUUUCCGAGGAAGGAUUUGCAGAUGGAUGGAAGGGUAAAUCUGGGAUUUACGCAGUUGGAUUCAGUAGGAGGGGUAUAUCUGGUGCAUCUGAGGAUGCAAUCAGAGUUGCACAAGAUAUUGGCAAAAUCUGGCAAAAAGAAACAAGGCAGAAAAAUCAGUGUUUUAUGACCAUCUUUUAGCAGACUCCUAUGUUUCUAUUAUUUCUUGUCUUUUUUUUUUAUAUUAAUUUUCUUUUAUUUUGAUUUUAGUUAAAAGCAAGCGCCCUCUUCAUUAGGAGUCCCAAGACUUUGAUUUGGGCAUUUUUGUACAAAAGAAAAAAGGAAGAUGAGGCUUUAUCCCUUUUUCUCUUUCUUUCCCUUAGUUAUUUGUACAAAGUGUUUGAUGAAAUGUUUUUAUCCA